AUCACCUCCCGCAAUGUAGCUCCUCCAACAAACAGUGCAAACACCUAUCGCAAAGGAAAAAAAUAAUUUAUCGCAGUCUCCGCUCUCCAAGACAGUUCGAUCUCGAGUUUGGAAUUGAUUCCCUUGAACAGAUAUCUCUAAAGGUGGCCUCCUUAUACCUUUCUAGAGAUCAGCCACUGCCCUCCCUCCAACAUCAAAACUGCCUCAAUCGCCUCAAUCGCCGAUCCUAUAGAAAUUUACUAUGGACGGCCAAAAAACUCCCUUUGUGAGGGAGCUUGGCUCCAGUGACCGAAAGGUCCGCGACAAGGCCCUCGAAUCUCUCACUCAGUUCCUGCGCUCACGCACCGAUCUGACCCUCAUCGACCUCCUCAAGCUGUGGAAGGGACUGUUCUUCUGCUUCUACCACUCCGACCGACCCCUCACACAACAAGCCCUCGCCCGCGCACUCUCCUACUCCCUCGUCCCAACCCUCCCCAAAGAAACCCUGCACCGCUUCUUGCGCGCCUUCUGGAUUACCAUCGGCCGAGAUUUCCACUCACUAGACCGUCUCCGAUUGGACAAGUACCUCUUCCUGAUCCGUUGCUACGUAGGCGUUGCAUUCGAGCUCCUAGUGAAGAACCCAUCAACAAAGCCCGACGGGAAAAAGCGUAAGCGCGAAGAUGCCGCCAAGCAAGGCCCCGGCAAGAAGCAGAAGAAACAGACACAGGCCGAGGCCGAGCCCGCCACCGAAGACGACAAGACCAACGACGAAGACGACGAGGCCAAAUUCCCCGAUCUGGCAGCUUAUAUCUCCAUUAUCGAGGAAGGUCCUCUUUGCCCUCUGAACUAUGAUCCCGACCAGCCAAAGGACGAGGGCGAUCCUAAUUUCGUGCCUAUGCCCCACGGGCCUGAUGGGCUGCGUUACCAUCUUGUCGAUAUCUGGGUUGAUGAGUUGGAGAAGGUUCUUGAGUUUGAGGAGGAGGGUGGUGAAGAGGCUCCUAAGCGGAAGAUUAAGGGUGAAAUUCCUAUGGAGCUUAUCUUGCGACCGCUGGAGAAGCUCCGCACUGAGAGUCCUUACAAGCCUGUUCGUACGAGGGCCGCUGAGGCUUUGGAUGAUGAUCGCCUAGUCGAGUGGGGUGUUCGGACGAGAGAGUCUGAGGAGGAUGAUAGUGAGGAGGAGGAGUGGGGUGGUUUUGGUGAUGAGUAGAUGUCUUGUCGUAUGUAUGGGAUUGUGU